UGAGGUCGACGAAGCGGGAGACUCAGAUACCCCGAGACUGUGGCUGCGCUUCACCGAACUCCGCCGUAAAUCUGCCUUCCAGAAUGGGGAAUCAGAAGCUCAAGUGGACGUCAGAGGAAGAGGAGGCGCUCAAGGCGGGUGUCGCCAAGUACGGCGCCGGGAAGUGGAAGAACAUUCUCGUAGAUUCCGAGUUCAAGCACAAACUCUCCAACCGAUCCAACGUUGACCUCAAGGACAAAUGGCGGAAUAUGGGCGGACAAGGCUCAGGGGCUAAUUCUGUGAAUUCCAGAGCAAAGUCAAUCAUAAAUGGUGCUCUGAUACACAAAGUUCAGAGUUCAAAUUUAACUUCGGUUCCUAUAGGCAAUGUGAUUGACAAACCUCCUCAAAGCCCUGAGGGUGUUAGAAAUUCUAAGAAGUAUAAUGAAAUGAUACUUGUAGCACUUUCGUCAAUCAAGGAUCGCAAUGGACCUGAUUUUGUUUCAGUUUUGAGGUUUAUUGAGAAAAAGUAUGAGGUGCCACAAAACUUCAGAAGGUUGCUCAGUGUGAAGCUGAGGAAACUUAUUUCACAAGGCACAGUUGAGAAGGUUCAAAAACGCUACAAGAUCAAACAUGCUCCGUUGGGCACUAAAACACCUCCGCCGAAACAAAAGGUUGCCAGGUCAAAGCCAAGACUAGAUACUAGGAGUAGCAUUUCAACUGAAAUGGAAGAUGCUGCUAAAAUAGCUGCGCACGAGAUUGCGGAGGCAGAAAAUGAAGCAUUGUUAGCUGCUGAAGCAGUGAAAGAGUCGGAGAGGCUCUCGCAACUGGCUGAAGAAGCAGAUGCAGUGGUGCUGCACUUGAAACAGAUGUUCGAACAAUGUAAGUAACUUUUGCUGAACACAAGAACCCACCAUCUACUUCAGUUGUGAUCCGUGGCUGAUUUGCUCCGUCUGUUUCUCAUAAUCAAUCCGGAAAGGAGAAAGGAGGCGACAGUUAGUGUUUCUGCAGCCUGAAGCCACUAUCGUGGUUUAAUUCUUUUUGAUUGAAGAAUUUUCUGCUGUAUCAUCUGUUGAGAUGAGCUCCAGUUGUUCUGUUUUGCACGCGAUGGAGCCAAGCUCUCUGUUUGUCGUGAUUGGCCCGAGCACUAUGAAUCUAUUGGGUGAGGAUGAGUUGAGGAAUGCACAUUAUUUCAUAGAAUGAUGUUAGUCUAAAGAUGUAUAUUCUGUCAGUUCCUGUGUAUUGUUGAUGGUUAGAUAGCCAUUCUAUUUUUGUAAAUUUUGAUCUCAUUCUAGGAAAAAUGUCGCUUUCUUUUUCUUGUUU